GAUUUUGGUAUAAAAGACUGUACCAGCCGACAGACAGCAUGCGGCAGACGGCAUUGAGCAUCAACAUGAAGUGCACGAUCGUUCUACUGGCUCUGGCAGCUUUUGGGGCGGCUCUCCCCCAACAGCAGCAGCAAAGACAACAUGCUGCUGAUCAGGAUCUUCUGAAGAGGCAGCAGGACUGCAUCCUGCUGUUGCAACAGAUCACCCAACAAAUCCCGGACCAACAGCUGCAGAUCCUUGGUACCACCUAUGACAUCGAGAGCAAUGUUCAUCAAUAUGAGAACCCGAUUCUCGUCAAGUACUACGUAGGCGCCGUACAGGCUGGCUUAGUUCAGCCCCGUGGCACCGUGUACUCGAACUCUAUCGGCCAGCUCCGCAAGGAAGUUGCUCUCUUGCACAGAAUCUUGUUAGGCACCAAGAACUACCAGACUUUCUUGGCGACCGCCGCAUGGGCCCGUGUCCACGUUAACGAAGGACAAUUCGUCAAGGCUUUCAUCGGAGCUGUCCUUCAGCACCCGGAGACACAGGGUAUCAUUCUGCCGCCUCUUUACGAAAUCGUUCCCCAGUACUACUUCGAUGCUAGGAUUAUCCAAGAAGCCCAAAACAUCGCUGCGCAAGGAGUGCAAGGAGGACAAACCCCUGUUGCCAUUCCUGUUAACUACACUGCUCAAUUGCCCUACACUGAGCAGCAGCUGACGUACUUCACCCAGGAUGUCGGUCUUGCUAACUACUACGGCUUCGUGAACCUUGCUGGAUAUUUGCAGCAUGGAGAACAGCAAACCCCUGUACAAUACCAACAGCAAGGCAUUCAGAACCAAGAAGGAGGUCAGAUUGGCGAUGGAUCUAUCUACUACUAUCUGCAUCAGCAACUCUUGGCUCACUACGAACUGAACCGUCUCGCUAACGGACUCGGCCCCAUUCACAACACUGACUUCGUCCACGUACAAGCGCCGUACCAGCCGCACCUCCGCUACACGAACGGUCUCGAGUUCCCCGGACGUCCUCAGCAACUUCAUCUUAGCCCCGUCAAGAACAACCUUAUCCAGACUGUGAAGAAAGUGGAGCAAAGACUGAUUGAAGCUAUUGACGCUGGCCACGUUAUCACCCCGCAAGGUGCCUUCCUGUCUCUCUACCAACCGCAGGGUCUGAACAUUUUGGGAGAUAUCAUCCAAGGAACUGGCAAGAGUGUCAACCCAAGGUACUACGGCAGCCUGCAAGCCGCCGCCCGCCAGCUUCUCGGCAACGCUCCUGAAGCACAGAACAUCUAUGACUACACGCCCUCCGUUCUUGAAUUGGGACAAGUCGCUGUCCAAGACCCCGCUUUCUACCAGCUGUACAAGAAAGUCAUCCAGCUGUUCCAGCAUUACCAGAACUCCUUGCCCGCGUACCAGUUCAACGACAUCCUGUUGCCCGGUGUUAGCAUCCAAAACGUUCAGAUCAGCCCACUCGUGACCCUCUUCAACGACUACUUCGUUGAUCUUAACGGAGCUACUGUUCAACAACAAACCGGCACGCAGCAGCAACAAGUCCAGCAUCAGCAACAACAGCAACAACAGAUCCAAGCUCAUCUGAAGAGAUUGGACCACAAACCAUACGAGUACGAAAUCACCGUCCAGAGCGAGCAGAACGUCCCCGGUGCCGUCGUCCGUGUCUACUUGGGACCGAAAUAUGACUACCAGGGCAAGCCUAUCAGCAUCUCUCAGCACAGACAGCAAUUCGUCGAACUGGAUCAAUUCAUAACCGAUCUUCAACAAGGACAAAACGUUAUUGUCAGACAAUCCCAGCAAGCACCAGGCCAGAGCUUUGACUAUCCGUCCGUGCAGGAAAUCCAACACGGCGUCAACAAUGCUGCCCACGCUCAAGAACCGUUCUACAUCACUGAACCGCACCAGAUCUUCGGUUUCCCGGCUAGGCUGGCUCUUCCCAAGGGUCAACAACAAGGAUUCCCAGUUCAAUUGUUGGUCAUCAUCUCCCAGCCAGGACAACAGAAUGUGCCAUACGGACCAGUGAUCCCGCAACAAUUCCAGACUUACCAACAGAACGAAUACCAAGUUGUCGGUACUGAGGAAUACUCUCAACAGAUCCAGCACCAGAGCGGCAAAGUAACUGGCGUGAAGCAGACUGUCGAAGUUGUGCCUGAGAACCUGCCGAUCUAUCAACAAGGAAACCAAGCUGUGAGGAACCAUUAUGCCAACAUUUACACCCAGCAACACGGACAGUACCCGUACACGCACGGUCAAUACCAAGUCGGCCAAGGCCAAGGCCAAGGCCACGGAUAUAGCGGCUACGGCGUGCAAGGUCAGUACUACGGAAACCAAGUAUAUGGACAAGGAUACGGAUAUGGAUAUGGAUACGGACAACAAGGACAACACGGAUAUGGACAACAAGGACAACAAGGACAACACGGAUAUGGACAACAAGGACAACAUGGCCAACAAGGACAAGGACAUCAAGGACAACACGGAUAUGGACAACAAGGACAACAAGGCCAACAAGGACAAGGACAAGGACAGCAAUGGGCCCAAUGGACCCAAGGUAUCCAAGGGCAACAAGGACAACAAGGACAACAAGGACAAGGACAAGGACAACACGGACACCAAGGACAAUACCAAGGACAGUACCACGGCCAACAAGGAGUCGUAGGAGUCCAAGGUGGAGUGCCAACUGGCGUACAAGGCGUCCAAGGAGUGCAAGGCGUGCAAGGAGGAGUUACCGGAGCUGGAGUACAAGGAACUGGUGUCUACGGUGGCAUUCAAUACGGAAUCCAAGGCAAAUACCACGUUACCUAUCAAGGACAGAGCCAACAACAACAAGGAUCUGGUACUGGAUACAACGGUAGCGGACAGUACCACGCUGGCGGCUUCCAGAACAUCUUGACUCAAGGACAAAGGACCCAAGACGGAUAUGUCAGCAAGUACUACCAGAGCAAGCCCAUCUCCCAGAUCAUCGGUGGUGCCAUCUCCCUUGACGGCAAACCCCUGGGCUACCCAUUGGACAGACCCUUGACCACCGGCGCUCUCUCCGUGUCCAACGUUCAUGUCCAAACGGUCUUCGUUUACCAUGAAGGUCAACCCACUAACGAAGUUUCCCAGCAAUAAUAUGUUCCUACGAACCAGAUGUAGCGAUGCUCAUUUGAGAGCUAUUUUUUCAUUUAAUGUCAAGAAAAA